AUGAACUCGACACUUCCACCUUUUCUCCAAGCUACUUCGGGAGCCUUGGGCUCGGCAGUGGGAAACGCGAUUGUUUAUCCACUUGAUUUGGCUACCACUCGAAUGCAACAUAAUGCCAGAAAACCACAUUCAGAGCGAUUGAAUCUUGGUGAAACACUAUCACAUCUUUUAUCUAAAAGAGAUUAUAUGACCAGAUUGUAUUCUGGUUUAGAGGCAGAUACGAUUUCAACGUUAUUAUCCAACUUCUUAUAUUUCUACACUUAUACAUCAUUACAAAAAGGUUUACACGUCUAUCACUCUAAUCAUCCAUCCCUUCCCAGUACCACUUCCACUGCCACCAACGGAAAUGGAACUGGAAAUGGCAGUAUCAGAUCAUCUCCAGCAGGAAUAGGUGGAUUAAACUCCAAAGCAUCAGAUAUCCUUCCUCAAAUACAGAAAACAAGUGGGAUUGAAGAAUUGUUAAUUGGUAUCUUAAGUGGUUUGAUAUCAAAAGGAAUUAGUUUACCCAUUUCAACAGUUUGCGUCAAACAACAAAUCGAAUCUGAGCAUGAACAUGAACAUGAACAUGAACAUGAAACUGAUAAUAAAAAUAAAAAUAUCAAAUUAUCAUUAUAUCAAACGCUUCGACUUAUUCAUAAAGAAUCAGGUGUUCAAGGAUUAUUCUCAGGUUUAAAACCUACUAUUCCAUUAACCUUAUUACCCUCUUUAACACUCUAUAUACACUCCGUUCUAGUUCGACUAAUACUUUCCAAAACGAAAUAUAAAAAUCAAACUCAUCCACCUGCUAUAAUCACUUUCCUGUUAGGUGCAUUAUCAAAUGCAUUAGCCACUUUACCAUUAUACCCUUUGGUACUCAUUAAAGUGUUAUCUCAAUCAGGUGGUGGUAAUGACGAUAAAGGUAAAGGUAAAUCAAACCAAGUACAACAAAGAAAAGCGGGAAUGUUAAAUACACUUUUAAGAAUCAUUAGAAGAGGUGGAAUCAGAACUUUGUAUACUGGUUUGGAAGGUCAAUUGGUAAAAGGUCUAGUGCAACAAGGUGUAAUGAUGCUGGUCAAGCAAAGGGUUGAACAAUGUGUGAUUAAAGCUUAUAAAGCUCGAUCUCAUGCUGUCAAAGUGUAA